AUGAGGGAACUGAUUCGGCGCGAGGUCAGAUGCGAGAUCAACGGCCAAGUGGAAGAUUCAAUGCCUGGCUACUGGGGUAGCGUUGCGUUCUUCCAUGGCAGUUCAUUUGAGAACCUGCUUAGCUUCGUACCUUCGGCACCACAUUCAGCGAAGGCCGUCAUGGACAACAUCGGCAAAGCCAAAACAGGUCCAGCUCCCAUAAACCUUUGUAUCCAAUGUGGCCGUGAUCUGGAGAUAAAAGACGUCAGCAAAUUCAGCAUGUGA